AUGGAUUUGAACAAGAAGAGUGUACUAUUUUCCCAUGAUGGGGAAUUCAUGAAAAAUGACCACUUUGGCUUUGGCGAUACAGCUCUAUGCUUGAAUAGCCCUGGCUCAGGUGGAAGCAACACAACCAGGUAUAGGUGUACUCGAAGCACUUUCAACAUUAACUCUUCCAGUGCACCCGAGGACUGCUGCAAAUUGGUACUUGGAUUGGGCCCAACACCAAGUGCCUACUGCGAUGAUUAUUAUAAUUUCGGAUCUACAAAGAAUAGAGGAUUACCCACUGAAUUAUCUCAGGGAUUUGCAUCUGAGGGUGAUUCAAUCCUCCAACUUGGUCUUUCUGGAGGGCAUCUUGAAGCUUCAGCUAUGCUUGAUUAUUCAAUUUCAGGAGGGACUGAUAUUAAUGUAUCCUAUAUCCAGAACCAAGUAUCUUCUGAAGUCUCAAUUCCAAUUGUUGAUGAGGGUUCUACUUCAGCCAAGAAAUCAGGUGGUUAUAUGCCAUCACUUCUUUUUGCUCCGAGAAGAGAAAGUGCCAAGGUUUCUCUGCUGACUCAAGAACUUUUAGAGCUCGGGUCCAAACCCCAGCUGAGAAAUGAACCUUUUGCUACAGCAGAUUACUCAACAGGAACAAUCUCUGAGCAGGCAACCACAGGGACAACUUCAGACCACCGAACUAGCAAUCCUAAGAAAUGCAAAUUUUUUGGCUGUAGAAAGGGAGCACGAGGGGCAUCAGGUCUUUGUAUUGGCCAUGGGGGCGGACAGAGGUGUCAGAAACCUGGGUGCAACAAGGGUGCUGAGAGCCGAACAGCAUACUGUAAGGCACAUGGUGGAGGAAAGAGGUGCCAACACUUGGGGUGCACCAAAAGUGCUGAGGGGAAAACAGAUUACUGCAUAGCUCAUGGUGGUGGCAAACGAUGUGGUUAUCCAGGUGGAUGUACCAAGGCUGCUAGAGGAAGGUCAGGGCUUUGCAUUAGACAUGGUGGAGGGAAAAGAUGUAAGGUUGAUGGCUGCACUCGUAGUGCCGAAGGACAGGCUGGUUUAUGCAUCUCGCAUGGCGGUGGUCGCCGUUGCCAGUACCAGGGAUGUGCAAAGGGGGCGCAAGGGAGCACUAUGUAUUGCAAGGCACAUGGUGGUGGAAAGCGUUGCAUAUUUCAAGGGUGCACCAAGGGUGCUGAAGGAAGUACACCACUAUGCAAGGGACAUGGUGGGGGGAAGCGCUGCCUUUUCGAUGGUGGUGGGAUUUGCCCUAAGAGUGUGCAUGGAGGCACUAAUUUCUGUGUUGCUCAUGGUGGUGGAAAGAGGUGUUCUGUGCCAGACUGCACAAAAAGUGCCCGUGGCCGUACUGACUGUUGUGUUAGGCAUGGUGGAGGUAAGAGGUGUAAGUUUGACAACUGUGGAAAAAGUGCCCAAGGGAGCACAGACUUCUGCAAGGCCCAUGGUGGGGGAAAGCGGUGUACAUGGGAAGAGGGUAAAUGUGAAAAAUUCGCCAGGGGAAAGAGUGGUUUAUGUGCUGCUCAUAGCAGCAUGGUGCAGGACCGGGAGACAAAUAAGGGAGGUCUCAUUGGACCAGGACUUUUCCAUGGGCUUGUAUCUGCGUCUUCAACAGCAGGAAGCAGCUUUGAUAACAAUCAUUCUUCUUCAGGAAUCAGUGUCAUAUCUGACAGCGUUGAAUCACUGGAAAAGCCAGGAAAAAGACAUCUCAUACCCUCGCAGGUAUUGGUUCCACUAUCGAUGAAGUCCUCCUCAUCCUAUUCAAAUUUCUUCAGUUCUGAGAAGCCUGAUGAACGGAGAAACGAGUAUGGCAUUGGUGUCAAUAGUAGUGACGGAAUAAAGAGCUUGGACUUUAAAAUUCCAGAAGGGAGGGUCCAUGGAGGACCCCUCAUGUCACUAUUUGGUGGUGACCUGAAAAAUGCUAUUGAUGGCAUCUGA